AUGCACCGGAGAAUUCACCGGAAAAGGCCGGAGGAAGAAGGCCUGGUGUUCCACCGGUUCCCAAAGCAGCCCAUCGUAGUGGACCUAGCAGAAAUCAAUCCAAAGACUACGAAGUUUCCCGGCUCUGACUGGUUGGAGGGGAAGCUGAAGACCAAGCAGGCCGUGGGCUGGGACGUGGAGUGGCCGCCCGAUGGCCGGACACAAGCAGAGAAUCCCGUUGCCCUCAUGCAGUUCGCCGAUGCCGAGACAGCUUUGCUGGUUCGAACUCACAGGACGGGGCAGUGGCUGCCGAGCGUCAUCAGAGAAGUGCUGACAUCAGAGACCUGCACCAAAGUGUGCGUGGGAUACGACAGCGCGGCCAAGCACAAGAUGCGGAUGUCUUUCGACCUGCAGCCAACGGGCUUGCUGGAUUUGGCGACCCUUGCUGCGCAGAAGGGCCUGGAGGAAGCGGAUCUGAAGUCGUUGGCCGAGCACUUUCAGUACCGCGUCCGCAAGGACGCCCGCGUAGGUCGCUCCAGCUGGGCGCAGCCGGAACUCACGGCGGAGCAGCAGGCUUAUGCCGCCGACGACGUGUACUUCGCGUUUCUGCUGAAAGAGAAGUUGGAAGAGCUCCCUGACAAGGAGGACAAGGCCAAGAGCUCGGCGGUGGAAGGGCAGCUCAGGCUUCAGGAAGGCUGGGUCGAGCACGGCAUCGAGAAGAGGCACGACGGCCUCCGGUGCCGGCUCUGCAACUCUGGGCCCAUGGCUACGCCCGACCACGUGCGGAAGCACAUGCUGGGGAGCGACCACUUGAAGAGAAUCCGGGCGAGACUCGGCAUGGAGCAGGGCGCUUCAGACACCCUGACCGAUGAGCAGGAGCACAAUCACAUUUACGAGGGAGAUGGCUUGAAUGGCGUGGAAAAGGGGCAGUUCGGGUGCUAUCUCUGCGGAACAAAGACCCUGCAAAAUCUACAAGCCGUCGCAAGUCACAUCAACUCUCCGGGACAUCAGGAGGCCAUGAAGACAGAGGCGGAGAAGCUCAGAGAAGGCCCCUUCGAACGGCUCUGGAAUCUUCCUGAUUAUGUCAUCCUGGAAGGCGAUGAGCUGAAUUGCACACUUUGCCAGUCCCUGGCCAGCAGGGUAGACGAGAUGUACCUCCAUCUGCAUGGCAAGAGGCAUUCCAUCAGAGUGCGGGCUCUUGAACAUGAAGACAUCAUCUGGAUAAGGGAGAAGAAUCAGCUGGUGUAUACCCAGACGGGCGAGAUUGUAGUUCGAAAGAAUAUCGUGGUGCCGCGUGAGCCAUCUGGUGGCGCGCCAGCACUUCCAGAAGGUUGGGCGUCCAACCUCGAUCCUACUUCUGGUAGAACAUACUACUGGCGCGUUGAUCAGCCAAAUCAAAGCCAGUGGGAGCAUCCAGGAAAGGUCAGCUCAUCAACCACAGGGUCAGUGAAGCAAGACGGCUACAAGACAAGCUGCAAUGGCCCACUGCCUGAUGAUUGGGAGGAGCACGAAGCCGAUGAUGGACGGGUCUUUUACUACUGUCUGAGAACCUUGAGAUCGCAGUGGCAGCGUCCGACGAUUGCUAGCCCAAUGGUUGAUUCUGUGCGCGGCCAGGAAGCUCCCACGCUUCACAAGCAGGAACGCCAUGCCACGUCAGCGCCACUGCGGGAGACGUCGAGUCAUCCAGUGGCGUGCAGCGAGCCUCAGAAGUUGGCCCCCGGCUGGGAUGUCUAUCGCAACGAGCGUGGUGAAGCCUUCUUCUGGGAUGCAGAGAAUCAAGUGUCCAGAGACAGCCCACCUGAGCCCUACCACUACCAGAGCGCCAAGUGGGUUCUGCUGACGGACAGCCGGGGGGGAUAUUGGCAGUGCUCGACGGAAGGCCGCCCGGGUGUCAGUUUCUACGAGUCGGAUACAACCUGGCAUCGACGUCAGGAUGGCCAGGGCCGCAUCUACUGGAGCAACCCCGUUCGCCAUAUUCGCUUCUUUGAGCCCGACCGCGCCUGA